AUGGGUGGAUCCAGGUCAUCGGAUAAAAUAUUUGGUGGCAAGGUAAUUGUGUUUGGUGGCGAUUUCAGACAGAUUCUACCGGUUAUUCCAAGAGGCAGCCGUUCAGAUAUAAUUCAUGCAACUAUCAAUUCAUCAUACAUUUGGGAUCAUUCUAAGGUUUUGAAACUUACAAAAAACAUGAGGCUUCAGCAAUCUGGGACGACUACAUCAGCAUCCGAGUUAGAACGAUUUUCAAAUUGGAUAUUAAAAGUUGGAGAUGGAAAACUAGCAGAACCUAACGAUGGCUAUGCUGAUAUUCAUAUCCCAGCACAUCUUUUGAUAUCUAAUUUUGAUGAUCCCCUUCGAGCAAUAUUCGUAAACACUUAUCCAAAUUUUGAAGCUAACUUCAAAAAUGUAGCUUUUCUGCAGUCAAGGGCAAUAUUGGCUGGAACAAUUGAGAUAGUAGAUGAAAUAAAUCACUAUGUUUUAGACAAUCUUCCAGGGGACGAAAAGGAAUACUUAAGCUCUGAUUCAGUCGAUACGCAUGAUGCUGAUGGCAAUGAAUCUUUUGAUGUUUUAACUCCCGAGUUUUUGAAUGGACUGAGAACGUCGGGACUUCCUAAUCAUAAGAUCAUAUUGAAAGUAAAUACUCCAAUAAUGCUGCUCAGGAAUAUUGAUCAAGCAGAAGGUUUAUGCAAUGGAACACGUCUAAUCGUUACAAGAUUGGCUGAUCAUGUUAUUGAAGCCAAAAUAAUUUCAGACAAGAACAUCGGUGGUAUCAUUUAUAUUGCACAAAUGGACAUUACUCCAACGCAAAUGCCAUGGCCAUUCAGGAUGACACGAAGACAGUUUCCUAUAACGGUCUGUUAUGCUAUGACUAUUAAUAAAUCUCAAGGUCAGUCGUUGGAUCAUGUUGGCAUAUAUUUGCCGAGGAGCGUGUUCAGCCAUGGCCAGUUUUAUGUUGCAGUUUCAAGAGUAAAGAGAAGAAAAGGCCUUAAAAUCUUGAUCCAUGAUAAGGAGAAACAUCCAUUGACCACCACAACAAAUGUGGUCUUCAAAGAAGUGUUUGAAAAUGUGUAG